AUGGCAAAUCAAUCAGGAAUCUUAGUUGUACACCCUGCAAGCAUAAAUAAAAUGGCAUUCGGUUCGAGAGAAAUUGGCUCUGCCAAUUUUCUCUCCCUCAUGGAAUUUUAUUUAUGGGGUUGGGUUUUCUCUUGAGAACUUCUGCACAGCAACAGCCGUUUAGCUUUGGGGAUAACCAAAGGCACGGCUCCUCAGUGCAUUCAAGACACUAGGAGUUUUACCUCUCAGCGCAUCCCCACGGGAGGAUGACCCUUAGGUGGAACACGCGCAGGAGCUGAGUCGGAGCGAGCGACGGCAACGCACCGGGUGAGAUGAGGCGAUUUAUCUGGCGAUUAGCCUUAUAGAAGGCUUGGGUGUGGGCUGACCACAUAUUCCAAGAUGGCUUGGUGACGUCACUAGUUGUCGCUUUGACCCUUUUUUAUUAAGGGGUGUGGGCACUAGACACCUUAAAGACUAUGUAAGUAAGUAAGUAAGUACACCCUGCAAGCGCCAAGCUUGUCAGAGACGUCGAAACAUUUGGCACGAUGGAUCCUUACUGUAUGAUAAAAGUCGGGAAACAAACUUUAUGCUCAAAUAUUGAUAUAAAUGCCGGAAAAUUCCCUAAUUGAAAAGAGCAAUUUAAUUUUUUGGUAACAAAUGAGGACUCUCUUGAAGUUUCUAUAUGGGACAGAAGACCUAUAAAAGGUGAUGAAGAAAUCGGCAACGCAAAAAUCCCACUCGCAAAUAUAUUUCUUAUGAAAAAUUUUGAAGGAUGGUUUGCGAUAAAUUUUCAAGAAAAAAAUGCUGGGCAGGUAUUUUUGAGAUUUGUGUAUUAUCCAGUUAAUUUACAACACGGAGCAGCUGAAGGAGGAUUUUAUCAAUUUGGAUAUAUUAAGCCUGAAUAUGACCAGGGGUUUACACAAAUUCAAAGUACGCCAGCUAGGCCGCAGCAUGAGCAGAAUUUAGGAAGCAACCUUCAAGAGUCUGACAAAAUCCCUCAGGCGUCUUUUGAUAAGCCUAUAGAGCCAGCUUUGAUUAGACAAGGAGAUGUCAUAUAUGAAAAAGUGCAGCAUACAACUGACCCAUCACACCAGAGCUAUGAAGCAAUAAAACAAGAGCCUGGGAGCCAAGAAAUUAAGUAUCCUAAUCUUCAAGUUUUUGAUCCACAGUACAGCAAAUCUCACAGAUUAAGACCUGGAGAGCCUGGAUAUUUAGGCCCACUACCAUAA